CGUCACGUGGAUUGCAAACUACAAGAUUAAAAUGGUACAACUUGAAAGAGGGUGGGUUAAUGGUAAAAUGUGAGCUGAAUGGUGUGAAUUAAAGGGACUGGAGUGCUGGCUGGUGGUGCCGAGUGACAGCCAGGGGGAGAGAGAGGUCCUCCUCCACCGGAGCAGGAAGCUGCUGCUGGGACUGGCGAGAAGACAGAGGAGGUGCGAAAUAACGUCGACAUCAGCAGGCAGCGGGGUAUCCACCAUAAUGUAGACCCAACAGUGCGCCACAUCUUCCCCACAGUGUGAGCAGAUGUCCCGGGUGCAGUAGUGAAAACAAAAGCAGAGCGGGCCGUAUUCGUGCACGGUGAAAAUGAAGGAGCUGAAGGGCUGCGGUAUGCGCUCCUCACUGGGCUUUCUGUCCCGCAGAGAGCUGACUGGGCAGCCGCUCCUGAAGGAGGAAUUCCAGAGACGCAGGCUGGCAGGCUGCACCAGCCUCUACAAGAAGGAUAUGCUCGGACAUUUCGGCUGUGUCAACGCCAUUGAGUUCUCCAACAACGGCGGGGAAUGGCUGGUGUCUGGUGGAGAUGACCGUCGGGUGCUUCUGUGGCACAUGGAGAAAGCCAUCCACGGCCGCUCCAAGCCUGUGAAGCUGAAGGGGGAGCACCUCUCUAACAUCUUCUGUCUGGCCUUUGACAGCACCAACAAAAAAGUCUUCUCUGGUGGAAAUGAUGAACAGGUGAUUCUUCACGAUGUGGAGAGGAGGGAAACUCUGAACGUGUUCCUGCAUAUCGAUGCUGUGUACAGCUUGUCCGUCAGCCCGGUCAAUGACAAUGUGUUUGCCAGCUCAUCCGAUGACGGACGGGUGCUUAUUUGGGACACUCGCGAACCGCCUCAUGGAGAGCCCUUCUGCUUGGCCAGCUACCCCUCAGCCUUCCACAGUGUAAUGUUUAACCCCGUGGAGCCCAGAUUGCUCGCCACGGCCAAUUCCAAGGAGGGUGUUGGAUUGUGGGACAUCCGCAAGCCGCGCAGCUCGCUGCUCCGUUAUGGAGGCAGUAUGUCCCUGCAGAGCGCCAUGAGUGUUCGCUUCAACAGCACCGGCACCCAGCUGCUGGCUCUGCGGCGCCGCCUGCCGCCGGUCCUCUACGAGCUGCACUCCCGGCUUCCCAGCUUCCAGUUCGAUAACCAGGGCUACUUCAACUCCUGCACCAUGAAGAGCUGCUGCUUCGCCGGGGACAAGGAUCAGUACAUCUUGUCUGGGUCAGACGACUUCAACCUCUACAUGUGGAAAAUCCCAAAGGAUCCAGAAGCAGGAGGCCCUGGUCGUGUUGUUAACGGAGCUUUCAUGGUCCUGAAGGGUCACCGCUCCAUAGUCAACCAGGUCCGCUUCAACCCUCACACAUACAUGAUCUGCUCCUCCGGUGUGGAGAAAGUCAUCAAGGUGUGGAGUCCCUACCAGCAGCCUGACAGUCUGGGAGAUCUGGAGGGUCGUGUGGAGGACAAAUCCCGCAGCCUCUACACUCAUGAGGAGUACAUCACCCUGGUGCUCAACAGCGGCAGCGGUCUGUCCCACGAUUAUGUCAGCCAGUCUAUCCAGGAGGAUCCCCGCAUGAUGGCUUUCUUCGACUCAUUGGUGCGUCGGGAGAUUGAGGGCUGGAGCUCAGACUCUGACACUGACCUAAGUGAGGAGGCCAUCAUGCAGCUCCACGCCAGGGGACGCCGCUCCACACGAACCACACCAACCGCUCCUACUGCUGCCUCUGCUGCGGGUCACCACAGCGACUCUGAUAACUCCUCCUCCUCCUCCCUGGCUGGACCUGAUGCUUCAGGAGCGGAAGAGCAAGCCGGAGAUGAGGGGGAGGAACGACCCAGGAGACGAAGCAGACAUCAGCGCCAUCAAUCUGGCUUCCUGGUGAAUGAGGACUCAGACUCCAGCGAAUUUUGGCUCGACCCAAUGCCCCGUCCUCGAUCCCCAAGCCCCAGGGACAACUCCACGAUUUCCAGUCCCACCUCCUCUCCCUCGCUUCCCGCUGGAGCCUCUAGCUCUUCCACAUCCACUUCCAGUUCCAGCAGCGACGACGAGGAGCGCCGUAGCGCUGUGAGGCGGCGUAACGUCAUGAGGCGCAGACGCAUGCAUGUUGUCUCUAGAGCUGGGGAUCGUCCCGAGUCCGUACAAGCUCUCUUUUCCGCCAUCGACUCUUGCAGUUACCCAUCAAUCGCCAUCGAUGACCUGUCUUCCUCCUCGUCAGGCGAGGAACAAAACUCCCUCGAAAUCAAGCCCCGAACCGACGGCGCCACAGAUGAGGAAAAAUGUCUGAGCCCUUCUGACUUUGUGUGUCUGAGCCCAGUAAUGUCUCCGGAGAGCCAAGAGAAUGAGGAAGGGAGUGACAGGACUGAGCUGGAAAGACAUCCAGCUGCAUCUCCUCAGUCACUGGAUGGAUGCAGGACUGAAGGGAGGGCUGCUACAGAGCCAGUUUUAGACAGCUCUGAUAGCGGAGAAGCGUUUGGCAGCUCACCGGCUGUUGACAGCACCUCCCAGAGCCGAUGCACCCCCGGAGUGAACGGGCAGCACCGGACUGUGGCACCAACGGGAGAGUACACAACUGAGGGCCCACAUGUUGCCUCAGAUCCAGAGGAAGAGACUGGCAUUCCACCUGAAGACAAGCGGCCACAGAGAGAAAAAGUCCCCGCACUGAGUGCUCUAAAGCGGACUCACGUGGGAUCAGACGAAGCAGAGUCGGCCUCAUCGCCCUCAGAAAAGAAGCUAAAAACAUAGUGAUGCUUUCUCGCCCUGGAAAGAAACUGUUAAGAGACUUCGUUUAGGAAGUGGGUUUUCUAUGCGUUUUUACAACUCAGCUUUUCUCCUUUUUUUUUUUCUUUUUUUUUGUCUUGUCAUGUGACACACACUAACUGCUUACGAGCAGGAGGCGCUUGGAAGCUAAAAAAAAACCCGACUGAUUCGUUUUUUGUUUGAGAACAAAUCAGUCAGACGUUGUCGUCAUUCUUCAGGUCAAACCACAGAUGACAUUAAGAGAUGUAUAACAUAAGCGUAAUAUUGUUGAUAACAGUGAGACGUGUUUAAGUGAGACGCACUUAUUUUCAUGCAUCAUCAGUGUUUCUUUCUCAAGCUCUGGAUGUUGCACAAAGCUCCACCCUGGAUUUGGAGCUCUUCCAACCAUAACAACAAAACGGUCUUUUGUAGGACAAAAGCUUGGCGGAAUUUUAAUUUCUAUGAUUUCACACUGAGUGUAAAUCUGGUUAGGUUUAUUCUCAUUUUUAAGUGAUUCUCGGCUCAGACUGCUUCAGGGGGGCCUGAAGAAUUGACUGCCUCCAUAGAAAUCCUGAGGAGCACCGUUUGUAUAAGCUGUGUAUUGAAAUGAUGCUUUCAUUGUCUCAACCAGCUGUUCGUGGUCUCAUUAUCCAGCCCCUGGGUACCAUUACAAGCCAGCUCGCUUUUGUUUUCUUGCAAUUAAAGAAUAAUUUGUUCUCUA